AUGCACGCUUAUCUGCUUUUGCAGCUGGUUGACGCGACAGUGGUCUUCUGGCCCGGUGCCGAAGAAAUCGGACUCCCUGUGGCAAUCUCUGUGGUGCUGUGCAAAGGCGAGGUCUCUGCAGUCUCCAUCUCCGAACUCGCAGUCGCCGCCCAGCGGUACAGCUCGGACGAAGCAGACCUCGGCUGCAUCAACUUGAAGUCUAAGCGGCCUCCCGUUGCACGAGCUUACGAGAAGCUGAUUCACGACGUGAUCCAGGGCGAAAGCCACAACUUUGUCCGGCGUGACGAGCUCGAACAGGCGUGGCGAAUCUUCGAUCCGUUGCUGACAACUCUGGAGAAGGAAGAGAUGCGAGAACCGGAGCGAUACACCUUGGGCAGCCGGGGUCCGUUCAAGGCUGACAUGCUGAUCGACCGGAUGGGCUUCAGGCGAUACACAGUCACCGGGGUGCCCGGCUUCGCGGAGGAUGAUUUCGACAGAAGCCUACAGAAACCGAAAUUGAAAGUGGACUGGAAGAUCCUCGAAGAGUCCUCGAUUCGCUGGCCCGCUGGUCCAGCCCUGCCACCAGCGGUCACCAUCGGUCGCCACGUCGCAGCCGAUGAGCCUAGUCCGCCUCAACCAACCGCUGUACUCUUCGAGCGGUGCGACCUUGCGCCGAAGCUGGAGCAGGGGAGCCGGCAGAAAUUCAUGUUUUCCAACUUGGACCAUCGACUUCGGCUCGCAAAUCUCGUUGGUGCUCCUCUUGAUGUCUCUGUGUCGAUUCUCUGUCUGCAGCCGGCAGAGACUGCACCAGAAGGGCAAAGAGCAUUAGUCAUUAGUCUUUACAUGGCCCCGACGGCGAGCGAUGCCAGUGAGUGGGCAGAGAAGCGCAGAGCCAAGGUCGAGGCCGCCAAGGCGAAGAAGGCUGAGAGGGAGCAAGGCGAAGUUACCUCUGACCACACCUUCAAACCCAAGACGAGGUCGGGGAAGCUGCGAGCCUCUCUCUCCGGAAGCGGCAAGGUUACCCCGGUAGCAAAAUCUGAUUUGACAUCGCCAGUUCUGAGACGGCGUCCUGGCGAUGCCGUGGCCUUGGCGAUGCCAGAGAUGCCGGAGGCAUCGAGCAGUUUGCAGGCUCCCACUUCGGAGCGGAGGUUGACGGACAGCACUCCAGAAAAGAUGCUUCCAGCUCCGCCCAAGGCCCAGCCGGACAGGUCUGGGCAGUCGGCACGAUUGACAUCCUUGACCCGGAGAUCCGAAGGAGACCCUCGCCCCGCACCGCCACCAAAGAGUUCCGGGGCGAGGGCGAAGAAGGCCCCGGCUCGGCCGAAGGCAGAAGGUGUCGCGAGGGCAUUCGCGAAGUCAUCGAGCAGCUCCAGCAAGCCUCUGGCCGGCUCGUCUCGCACGUCUCAGCAAGGCUCUCGCGCUGUGGCAAGCCAUUCCAAAGCCGAGGUGCGGGAUCUCACUCCCAGAAGUGAUGUGCCGUCAUGGCCAGAAACGCCAGGAUCAUCGGUGUCUUCACCUCAUGCGGAAGGCUCCUUCUGCUGGAGGGAUAUGGCUGCUGGCCUGGGAACUCUGCAUGCAG